AUGAGGGCCGAGGGUGUGGGGUGGCGGCGGCAAGAACUGGCAUUCGGGCGGCCGUGGAGCAAAGUCAGUAGGUGCCAGCGGCACAAGAUGACAUCAGCGCCAUGGUGGGGAGCAAUGCCAGGCGAGGAGCAGCCGAGCAGCGUCGGAGUAGAGGCUAGGCUGAAGUGUGAUGACUUUAUGAACCAAAGGACAAGUGUGGGUCGAAAAUUAGUUGAGGUAAGCACGGAGGAAGAAAAACGAUAUGAGAUUCGUUUGACAUCUUCUUUAGAUGUUGCAAGAUUUCUCAUAUCACAAGGGCAACCUUUUCGUGGAGAUGAUGAGAGUUCUACUUCCCUCAACAAGGGUACAUUCAGAGAGAUGGUUGAUUGGUAUAAAGAUAAGAUUGAGAUUCUGAAGGACCCAUAUGACAAAGGUAGAAAAUUCUCGGUGCUUAUUGAUGAGUCUCGAGAUGUAUCAAUAAAAGAGCAAAUGGCAGUGAUUCUAAGGUUUGUCAAUGAUGAAGGAAAAGUGGUGGAGAGAUUUCUUAGACUUCAGCAUGUUCAGAGUUGUACAACUAUUGCAUUGAAAGAAACUUUGGUUAGUAUGCUUUCAAGUCACAAUUUGUCUAUCUCUAUGCUCCGUGGGCAAGGGUAUGAUGGAGCUUCUAAUAUGAGAGGUGAAUUUAAUGGGGUGCAAAAAUUGAUUCGUGAUGAAAAUCCUUAUGCUUUCUAUGUGCAUUGUUUUGCCCAUCAAUUGCAACUAGUGGUUGUUACCGUUUUGACUUCUAGUGCAGACAUUGCAGAUUUCUUUAACUAUAUUUCUUUAAUAAUCAACAAUGUGGGUGCAAGUUGCAUGAGAAAAGAUGCCUUGCUUACAAAGCAUCAUGAUGUGUUGCUAGAAAAGAUUGAGAAUGAUAUUUUGUCACAUGCUUUGCAAAGGAAGGAUCAAGACAUAGUUGAAGCAAUGCAUUUGAUCACGGAUGUGAAAGAUAGCUUGCAGGAUAUGAGGGAAAAUGGAUGGGAGCCAUUAUUCAAAAAAGUGAAAACAUUCUGUGAGAAGAAUGAGAUUGAAGUGCCAGAUAUGGGUAAGGAAAUAAAUGUUAGAGGGACAUCUAGACGAAGAAAGCAAAAGGUAACAAACAUGCAUUACUAUCAUGUUGAGAUUUUUCUUGUCGCCAUUGAUGCCAUCUUGACUGAGUUGAAUCAUUGGUUCAGUGAAAUUAGUUUAGAGUUAUUAGUAUGUAUGGCUGCUUUUAACCCAAGGAACUCCUUCUCUAAUUUUGAUAUGGACAAACUUGUGAGGCUUGCUGAAAUUUAUGCUGAGGAUUUUGAUAUUAGUGAACUUGCUGUUUUGCCAAAUCAACUUAGACAGUUUAUGAACCAUGCUAGAAGAACUCCAGAAUUUCUUGGAUGCACUGAACUUGGAAAAGUUGCUAAAAUUAUGGUGAAGACUAAAAUGCACGAAUCUUAUAAAUUGGUUUAUCGUCUCAUUGAGCUAACCUUGAUAUUACGGUGGCAACGGCUUUAG